UCGUCCCGAGCAAUUAUGCAAUUUACAAUUUGACAUGUAUCGGUUUUAAACCUACAAAAAUGAAGUUGGGGUUAAUACAAAUGAAAACAAUAACAAAAAACUUUUUAAUAGAAUAUCCGGAGAAUGAUCAAUAUUAAAUUCCGCAAAAACAAAGCGUACAUGCAGCCCCUUGUCCUGUUAUCACUUCUAAUCAUAGGUUCCCAUGCAACUGAAACCGAUCUUCACAACGAAGAUGAUACCAAUUCCCAAAGCGAAAACAUCCUCAAAGAAAACUACGAGCCCGUUUUCGCCGAACCGCUAUCCGAUGCUCUUUCUGAAAUAAACAAUUCGGCAAGUCAAAGCUCUAAUGUGACCAUCGAAGAGUCCAGCAAUUCAACUACUAAUCCCGAGAAUGAGACUGGAAAUAUUUUCAAAUGUUUCCAGGUGCCCACUGAGCCUGUUGUGCAGCUUGUGAACGAUACCGAACUGAUCAAGCUCCUGAUGCCUGGCCCCAAAUCUGCAAGCCGAAAUGUUGCUGCGCCCUGUAUUGCUGUGCUCUUCUAUUCCAAGAACUGCCCGUUUUCCAGCAUGGCAGCGCCUCACUUUAACGCGUUGGCCAGAGCGUUUACCGACAUAAAACUGGUCGCAAUUAAUGCUAUGCAUUACCACUUGUUUAACACUCAGAACGGGAUCGUCGGAGUGCCCACAUUGCUGCUAUUUCACAACGGGAGGUCCGUGAUUCGGUACAAUGGCUCCGAAUAUAACUUAGAGGCUUUCAUCAGUUUUAUUGCGAAGAAUACCAACUUGAUCCCGAUACCCAAUUCUGUCGUUACAUCGUCGGACUUUGCAGGUCCCGUCGUUAGCUCGCCAUCCAAAGACUCCGAUAUGUUUCUGAUACUUUCAUGGCUGUUUAUCGUGGUUUGUUCCUGUUAUUAUUUCUCUAAAUCUAGGGUGUGGAAGUGGAUGGUGGAAACAAUACAGAGAAACUGGCGGGAAUCGGAACAGCAUGCCCAACACGAGCAUAUGGAAUAGAACUAUUGAUGUUUUCGUUGUUUAAUAAAAAGCUGUUUUUUUCUAUAA